UCUCUACAACGGCUAUCUCGGGUUACAACAAACGUACACACGGACGUUUAAUGCAUUCCAUGGACGUAAUACGGAACAGUAACGGAUCCCGCUAGAAAGACGCCCGAGGUGUUGUAAAUUGACUCUGAUAAGAUUGGCUCAUAAGCUCGCGAACUGUCCGUGGCUAAAACAUUCAAUUAACAACUGAAGUACGUUCGCGGUUGGAUUAACGAGAUGGAGUGUUCUGUGAAUGGAAAGACGAUCGUUGUAACCGGUGCCGGACAAGGGAUCGGUAAUGAGCUUUGCCGUACGCUGGAGCGUCUGGGCGCAAAAGUAAUCGCCGUAUCGCGUUCUUCUGGGCCGCUUGAACAGCUAAAAAAAGACUGUCAGGACAUUGAAACCAUCCAAGUAGAUCUUAGCAAUUGGAAUGGAACAAAAGCUGCCCUCGGAACGCUGGAAAAGGUGGAUGGAUUGGUGAAUAAUGCCGGCAUUGCGAUCAUUAAACCUUUUCUUGAACUGACGGAGGAAGAUUACGAUCGCACAUUCGACGUCAACGUGAAGGCCGCUUUUCAUGUGGCCCAGAUUCUCGCCCCGAAAAUGGGACCCGGUUCAAGUAUCGUAAACGUGUCGUCGCUGGCGGGUCUGAAAGCCAUCCACGGCCACUGCGUUUAUUCCAUGUCGAAAGCAGCCGUUGACGGACUGACGAAGAACCUUGCGCUGGAGCUUGGCUCGCGAAAGAUACGCGUCAAUAGCGUCAACCCGACGGUAAUAUUAACACGUAUGGGACGCGAAAAUUGGUCCGAUCCGGCCAAGGCGGAUCCGCUAAAGGCAAAAAUUCCGCUCGGUCGGUUCGGUGAGGUAGAUGAGGUAGUUGCACCAAUCGUGUAUCUGUUGAGCGAUCAGUCUAGCUUCAUAAACGGGCAUAGUCUUCCGGUUGAGGGCGGUUUUUUGGCCGGAAAUUGAAACCGAACGUACGCAUGAGAUUACGAGCGCUUUAGUAAUUUACCGUUUGAAAGCUUCAUUUUAUUUAGUGAGUUGUGUACAAGGGUUCGGAAAUUCUUGAAAUAAAAGCAAUACAUAUUCUAACA